AUGGCUGCGAGUCCACCUCCGUUGAGCUGCCAGUUUCCAGCUCCUCUAUCAUUUGCUCCGGCGUGCGGGCGUCACUCGUACGUGCUCCCAGCCGUGCUGGUUGACGUGGUCGGCCAUGAUAGCCAGCAUCGCCACCUGCCGUCCCUCGCCUUCGUGCUCCCCACGCCGAUGUCCAGUGCAUCGUCGCCGGGGUUCGACUUGCAGCUUGUGCGAGCUGCUAUCAAGCUCUCCCGACCAUGGCGCUCACGCCCCAGCCGUUCUCCUGCUCCUCGGACCGUGAUUGCUGAGUUCACUGGCAACCGCAGUCUCAUCGUGCCGCAAACUGUGAGCUGGGACUCCGCCGUUUUCGGCUAUCGACUAGCUCGCCAAGGCGAUUUUCACCAGUGA